ACGGCUGCUCUCUCUCCGAGGCGCCCCUCCCCCCUCCGCUCGUCUUGGCUUCGCUCGCUCUGAGGGGACGCGGGGAGGCCGCUGAGGCGGCGACCGGGAGGCCCACCACCACCACCACCACCACCACCACCACCACGACGACGGGGAGGCGCGGGCCCGACGCACGGCUUAGGUGCUGAAAACUCACCAGCAUGAUGUCGUCUGAAAACCCCAGCCCGCAGAACCCCAGCUGUAAAAUCAUGACCUUCCGCCCAACUCUAGAGGAAUUCCGGGACUUUGGAAAGUAUAUUGCUUACAUAGAAUCACAGGGAGCUCACAGAGCUGGGCUUGCAAAGGUGAUUCCUCCCAAGGAGUGGAAGCCACGCAGGAACUACGAUGAUAUCGACAGCAUGGUUAUCCCUGCUCCCAUCCAACAGGUGGUGACUGGGCAGUCUGGGCUUUUCACCCAGUAUAAUAUUCAGAAGAAACCCAUGAUGGUUGGAGAUUAUCGCCGCCUGGCCAACAGUGAGAAGUACUGUACCCCCCGUCACCAGGAUUUUGACGACCUGGAACGCAAAUACUGGAAGAACCUGACUUUUAUGUCGCCUAUCUACGGGGCAGAUAUCAGCGGAUCCCUCUAUGACGCAGAUGUGGACGAGUGGAACAUUGGGAGCCUGAACACCCUCCUGGACAUGGUGGAGCAUCAGUGUGGCAUCAUUAUCGAAGGCGUCAACACCCCCUACCUCUACUUCGGGAUGUGGAAGACAACCUUCGCUUGGCAUACGGAAGACAUGGAUCUCUACAGCAUCAACUACCUGCAUUUUGGAGAGCCCAAAUCAUGGUAUGCCAUCCCUCCAGAACAUGGCAAGCGCUUGGAACGACUGGCCAAAGGAUUUUUCCCCGGGAGCUCCCAAGGGUGCGACGCCUUCCUCCGUCACAAGAUGACUCUUAUUUCACCCUCAAUCCUCAAGAAAUACAGCAUCCCCUUCGACCGGAUCACCCAAGAAGCUGGAGAGUUCAUGAUUACUUUUCCGUAUGGCUACCAUGCAGGAUUCAACCACGGGUUCAACUGCGCCGAGUCCACCAACUUCGCCACGCUGCGAUGGAUUGACUACGGCAAGAUGGCCACUCAGUGCACGUGCCGGAAAGACACGGUGAAGAUCUCCAUGGACGUUUUUGUGCGGGUCCUCCAACCCGAGCGGUACGACCUGUGGAAGCAAGGGAAGGACCUCACCGCCUUGGACCACAUGAAACCGACGGCUUUGACCAGCCCGGAGCUGGAAGCCUGGAAUCAGACCAAGGACGCCUUGAAAGCCAAGAUGCUGCGCAGGGCGAACAGGAAACGGAGCCAGCCCCGAAGGCACAAGACGCAGGAUCAGAAGUCGCUUGGGGACGUCAUGGCCAUGGAGACGGACUUGGGCGAGGGGAAAGAGAAGGACGAUCAGAGGAGAGCCCCAAGUUUGGAUGAAGAGGAGAAAAGCAAAGAAGGGGAACCCGGCAAGCCGAAGAUCCGGAUCCCGAGAGUCAAAGGCGAGAGGAAGAAGAAGCAGCCGCGGCAGCACCCGCACCCGCUGCCCCAGCCGCCUCCGCUGCCCUUGCACCAGCUCCUGCCGCCCCUGCUGCUCCCUCAGCCGCCUCUCCACGUGCCGGAGGAAGGGCCGCCGCAGCCGGGCCUGUCUGCGGGGCAGGCCGCUGAGGCCCGCCACGCCACGUCCCCGCCGGCGGAAGACAGCGGCCCCCCCAUGCCCGCCCUCGAAGGCCCCGGCGAGGGGGACGAGACGAAACACCGGCCCAUCAUCCCCAUGCUCUACGUGGUCCCGCGGCGCAAGAAGUCCUCGUCGGAGAAGAAGCGCCUCUCCUGCCAGGAGGUGUUUGAGCGCUUCGUCACGGCCGAGCCGGCGGCCCCCUCGGAGCUCAGCGUGAAAGCCGAGGAGGGCGGCGAGGGGGAGGCGGCGGAGGGGCCGGCUGAGCCCAGCAAACUGCAGACGACUUCAACUUUCUCUAAACUGAAGAUGGAGAUUAAGAAAAGCCGCCGGCACCCUCUGGGCAAGCCGCCUACACGAUCCCCGUUGUCGGUGGUGAAGCAGGAAGCCUCGAGCGACGAGGAAACCCUCCCAUUCUCUGGCGAGGAAGACGUCGGCGAUCCCGAGCCCUUGAAGUCCUUGCUUUCCCUCCAGUGGAAAAACAAAGCGCCCAACUUCACUGCAGAAAGGAGGUUCAACAUGGCUGCCGCUCUGAGUGAGCCGUACUGCGCCAUUUGCACACUCUUCUACCCCUACAAUCAGACCUUGCAGGUGGAAAAAGAGGCCGCCCCCCUGCCCGCGGGCGAAAGCUCCCUGCCCCAGCCCCCGUUCAAAAGCGGGCAGAAGACCAAACCUCUCAUCCCCGAAAUGUGCUUCACCUCGAGCGGCGAGAACACGGAGCCCCUCCCGUCCAACUCCUACAUCGGGGAGGACGGCAGCAGCCUCUUGAUCUCCUGUGCCAAGUGCUGCCUGCAAGUCCAUGCCAGUUGCUAUGGGAUACGCCCCGACCUUGUGAAUGACGGGUGGUCCUGUUCCCGGUGCUCAGCCAACGCGCUGCUCGCGGAUUGCUGUCUCUGUAAUCUCAGGGGAGGAGCCCUUCAGAAGACCACGGAUGGAAGGUGGGUCCACGUGAUCUGCGCCAUCGCCGUCCCGGAGGCCCGCUUCCUCAACGUCAUUGAGCGCCACCCCGUCGACAUCACUGCCAUUCUGGAGCAGCGGUGGAAGCUGAAAUGCGUGUACUGCCGGAAGCAGAUGAAGAAGGUGUCGGGCGCCUGCAUCCAGUGCUCCUACGAGCACUGCUCCACCUCCUUCCACGUCACCUGCGCCCACGCGGCGGGAGUGCCCAUAGAGCCGGACGAUUGGCCCUACGUCGUGUCCAUCACCUGCUUCAAGCACAAAGCGGCCAGCCACGUGAUCCCGUUUUCCAGGGAGGUGUCGCUGGGCCAGACGGUGAUUACAAAGAGCCGGAACGGCCUCUACUACCGCUGCAAAGUGAUCGGCAUGACGACGCAGACCUUCUACGAAGUCAAUUUCGAUGACGGCUCUUACAGUGACAACAUUUAUCCCGAGAACAUUGUCAGCAGGGAGUGCCUGAAGCUGGGCCCGCCCGCGGAGGGUGAGCUGGUGCAGUUGCGCCUGACUGACGACGUCACCUACCAAGCCAAGUUCAUUGCUGCGCACAUCAGCCAGAUCUUUCAGGUAGAGUUUGAAGACGGAUCUCAGCUGAUGGUCAAGCGAGCUGAGAUCUAUACUCUGGAAGAGGAGCUUCCCAAGAGAGUAAAAUCACGCCUGUCCCUCAGCACCGGCGCCCCUCAGGAAGAGGCGUUCUCCGGAGACGACUCGAAAGCCGCCAAGCGCCCCCGGGUCGGCGUGGCCAAAAGGCCCGAAGACGGAGGAAGGCCCAGCCCAGAACGCUUCGCCGUUGUGCAGAACCUGCCGCAGCCGGGCGGCCAGAGCAGCGCCAUGUUCUAAACCCGGAUGAACAAUGCUUAAUUUAAACAAAUCCCCCCCCCCCACAAAAAAGCAACUCUUUUAAAGCAUCCUUUUUCACACCCCCGCAGAGAGUAAUUUAAGUAGAAAACUGUGGAGCGAGAGACGCAAGCCCUUGUGCAAUAACUUUGCAAAACGGAUCCCUUUCUCCUGUCCUCGUUUUGGGCCCGGGAGAAAUGUCUUGCUCUGUCUACCUCUUCUUCCCUUGCCGUUGGAUUUCUGAGUGGACGAA